UAUCAGUAUAAAAAGGGAAUAACAGUCUUUGCAUAUAAACAUAUAAGAGUAAAUCAUUCAAAGAAAAAAGUAGUGAACUAAAGAAGUACUUACUGUUGUGUGUAUGAUCCAGGAGCAGAAUUAGAUCGCCCAGCGCGAACAAAUUGUUCAAAACGAGUAAUAUCACGAGAAUGUGAUUGAUGCAAAAUUUCGCUACCGUAUGGGUUUCCAAAUGAGUGAUUUUUGAGCAUUGUUUUUAUUAAAAUCAGUGUGUCUAGUUUUGGAAUGCUUUGCACAACUGUAUUCAUGUCUUCUUCACUAACCUUGACCAAGUCACAGUUCUCACUCUCAUUAAGCGAGAUGCAUUUGCAGACUAAAAAGAAAGAGGCCGAAAUGCGGGAGUAUCGAGAGCUUGAGAAGCUGGCCGGAAGAGGUAGUGCUCGAAAAUUUUAUAAAAAAAUUAAGCGACUUAACGAAGGUUUCAAGACCGGAGCAUCGUCAUGUAGAGACCAUGGUGGUAAUCUGGUAACCGAUGUCCAGGGUAUACUGGGAUUAUGGAGGGAUCACUUCUUCGACCUGCUGAAUGGCAGUGAAAGUACAACACUAGGAGAUGGCGAAUCCCAAUCGAUGACGAUGGAACAAAUGUUGCAUUAUCCGACCAUGCAGAAAUUCGAAUAGCAAUUACCUGAAAAACAACAAAGCGGCGGUGGCCGAUAGAUUACCGGCCGAGAUAUUCAAAUACGCCGGCGACGAACUGAUGAGAUGCAUGCAUCAGCAUGAAAUUUACAGAAUAUGGUCGGAAAAAAUCAUGCCUGACGAUUGGAAUCCCAGUGUGAUCUGCCCAAUCCAUAAAAAGGGAGAUCCCACAAUCUGUGCCAAUUACCGUGGGAUAAUCCUCCUAAAUAUCGCCUAUAAGGUUCUAUCGGGCGUGCUGUGUGAAAGACUAAAGCUCACCGUCAACAAACUGAUUGGACCUUAUCAGUGUGGCUUUAGACCUGGAAAAUCCCCAAUUGACCAGAUAUUCACCAUUUUCACUUGUAAAAAGAAGCUCGACUUGUCGAUUUUAAAGCUGCUUUCGACAGAACGAAAAGGAAUUGCCUCUAUGCCGCGAUGUCUGAAUUUGGUAUCCCUGCAAAACUAAUACGGCUGUGUAAGUUGACGUUGAGCAACACUAAAAGCUCCGUUAUGAUUGGUAAGGACCUCUCCGAGACGUUCGAUACAAAACGAGGUUUCAGACAAGGUGACUCACUAUCGCGUAACUCCUUUAACUUGAUGAUGAUAUAAGAGUGUACAGCCGUGGGCGUACGCCGAUGAUAUUGAUAUCAUCGGGAGAAACAACCGCGCCGUUAGUUCUGCUUUUUCCCGCCUGGAUAAGGAGGCGAAGCGAAUGGGUCUGGAGGUGAAUGAGGACAAGACGAAUUAUCUCCUGUCAUCAAACAAACAGUCAGCGCAUUCGCGUCUUGGCUCCCACUUCCCUGUUGACAGUCACAAUUUCGAUGUCGUAGAUAAUUUCGUAUACCUGGGAACCAGCAUCAACAACACCAAUAAUGUCAGCCUCGAAAUCCAGCGCAGAAUCACUCUUGCCAAUAGGUGCUACUUUGGACUGAGUCCUCUCUCGACGAACCAAAUGCAAUCUCUACAAAUCACUUAUCUUUCCCGUCCUGAUUUAUGGUGCAGAAGCGUGGACGAUGUCAACAUCAGAUGAGACGACACCAGGGGUUUUCGAGAGAAAAAUUUUACGCAAGAUUUAUGGUCCUCAGAACAUUGGCAAUGGCGAAUACCGCAGACGAUGGAACGAUGAGCUGUACGAGUUAUACGACGACAUUGACAUAGUUCAGCGAAUAAAAGGACAGCGGAUACGAAGGCUUGGUCAUGUUGCCCGAAUGAACGAAAACACUACAGCUCUGAAAGCGUUCGAUGCAGUACCCGCCGGAGGAAGCCGAGGAAGGGGAAGGCCUCCACUCCGUUGGAGGGACCAGGUGGAGAGCGUCCUGGUUACACUUCCACCUAAGAAAAUGGUGCAACACUAUUGCGCAUGAUUAGGAGGACAUCUUAGCGCAGGCUUACACCAUAAGUGCUGCCUGUUUGAAUUACAGGAUAGUGCGUUCUAUAACGCUUAGCCAAUAUAUGACAGCUAUUAAUAUUUUAAAAUUUCCGGUGUGCUUUAUACCGUGCAUAUCGGGUAUUUGAAAUAUCUUAGCAAAUAGUGUAGCUUGGUGGCGGAAAUGAGUAAAAUGGGUGUCGGAUAUAUUUACCUCAACUUACGUUAUUGUAACGGAGUUUAUGCUGAAUAUACAUACGCCACAAUUUAUUAGUUAUCAUAAUAAAAUUAAAUAAAUAAAUUGCGAUAAAUUGUUCUGCUCCAAUCUUCUUUUCAUACUUCGUUUAAAUCAUUAUGUUUUGCUUUGUAAAUCUUGAAAAUUUUCAUCAACAUGCAAAAAAAUCUUCAAAAUGUGUGAACAUCUUAAGUAUAGAAAUCAUCAAAUACGGCGCUAGUUAAAUAAUUUGACACGAAUCCGAGGCUUGACGAAUCUAAGACUGUUAUUUAGGUACAUCUUAUGAAAUCGUUCUUCCUUCUAGCGGAUGAACGAUUAACGACCUGUCAAAAAGUUACAUGUGAAUGCAACAACAAAGUGAUCUAGUGGAAUUCGAACAGGAGAGUAUGCGGAUACCUCAUUAAAAAUUCUAUCGUCGCUUGCUAAGUCCUGCCAAAUUUUGUUUUACAUAUGUAGACUAUUCACAAUGGUAAAAACGACUCAAAGGACGAAACAAAAUGACAAUAGCUGCCAUCGAUUGGUCACUUCUCUGCUCGCUAUAUUUGGGCGCUGCUCGCCUGUCAAAACUUUUACAUGUGAAAGCAACAACAAAGUUAUCUAGUUGAAUUCGUGCAGGAGAGUAUGCGAAUACCUCAUUAAAAAUUCUUUCGCCGCUUGCUGAGUGCUACUAAGUUUUGUUUUACACAUUUUUAUUUUGAACGGCUCAAAGGACAAAUAACUGUCAAAAUAAUACAAAUUGUUAUACACAAAUUUGAAAUUUAAAAUGGCAGGCGAAGAUAAAUCGUAUGUAUUUUUGUAUUGAAUUUAUUGACUACAAAACUUUAAUAAAAAUUAAAUUUGUUGCAGAAAACGUAAGACAUUAACGGUGGUAGAAGAAUUCAGUGCGACCAAGUAUAGUCAAUUCGAUUUCAGUGCUGCCAGUUCGUAUGAAAAUUUGGAAAGUUUGUUCGAUUGGCUUGUCUAUAGCAGUUAGCCAAUCGAUGACAGCUAAUACAAAUAUAUAUUUUCGUUGUUUUUUCUUUGAAUUUUAAUUUAUUAAAUAAAACGUAUGGCUUAGACGCAGCUCGAAACAAAGGGAUAAAAAAAUAUUUUUGUGCAGAUGUAAGAAUUUCUCCACCUAAGUAAAUGGUACAGCAUUAUUGCGCAUGAUUAAGAGGACAUUUUAGCGCAGACUUCCACCAUAAGUGCUGCCUAUCUGUUUGAAUUGCAGGAUAGUGCGUUCUAUUGGCUUCUCUAUAGCGCUUAGCCAAUCGAUGACAGCUAUUAUAAACAAUUUGUAAAUUAUUGUAACGAAAAUGGCACCAGAACAAACUAGAAUUGACAAUCGAAAUCGAUAACUUGCCAGAUCUAUCUAGACAUCGAUAUUCGUAGUUGCCAGAAUGUUCGAGUGACGAUAACAUGCUAGCAAUCGACUAUAUAAGGGCUGCCGGGCUGGCAGCAACACACAGUUCUGAUAAGAGAGUUGUCGAGUGAGGACAAUUCUAAGGAGAGAGAGUUGUCGAGCAAAAUGUAAACAAGUUAUAAGUUAGAGUUGUAAAGUAGAGUAUUGAGUACUAAAGUGUCAAGUUAUAAGGAAUUAGAAAUAAAGUAUAGCCAUUAAAGUGUGACUUUUAUUUGACAAUCCAGUGAUCGAACUCAGGGUAGAGUUUUAGAGUAAACGACAGAUUUUGGAAAUCCGUUACAAUUGGUGUCAGAAGUGGGAUUGACAAAUAAAAUUCCAUAGGAGAUAAUGGUUAAGUUCAACGAUUUAAAGAUACCACAACUCAAAAAGGAGUUGGAACAACGAGGCUUAGCAACAAAUGGGUUGAAAGCUGAGUUACAAGCCCGUUUGCGAGAGGCCAUGGAAGAAGAAAACAUCAACGUGGACGAAUUUGUUUUUGAAUCGCUGUUAGAGGAAUCGACAACAAAAAUUGAAGAAAAGGAAGAGACUCAAUGUUCGUCAGGAGUAAUGGACAUGAACAUGAUUUUGUCUACAAUGUCUCAGAUAGUUUCCCAGCAGCAAGCACAGUUUGAAGCGCAGGACGCGCGUUGGGCAACGCGAAUGGAAGAACAGGAGAUACGCUUAACAACAAGAUCAGAAAUAACAGAGCGAAUAUCAGCUCAAUUUUCUUCCCAGUUAAAAGAGCGGAAGUCGGAAGCGAAUGGGAUAUCUUCACAGUUGGGAAAGCAGAAGGAAGAAUCAAUGGAUGAGACUUCAAAUAAAGCGGAUGUGUCAAUACAGCUGGAACAGCAUGAAGAAAUUUUAUUAACACAGACCGAAGCGAAUGAUGCGUGUAUGUCAAAGCCUUUGGAAGCGCAUGGGCAAGUUUUGUCAACACAGUCGGAAGCGAAUGGGGUGUCUUUACAGUUGGAAGAGCAGGAGGAGGAGUCAAUGGAUGUAACCACAAAUAUAGUAGACUUGUUAAAACAGCUGGAAGAGAAUGGGGAAAAUAUGUCUACACCGUUAGAAGCGAAUAAGGCGUAUAUUUCAAGACCUUUAGAAUCGCAUGGAGAGAUUCUGUUAACACAAUUGGAAGUGAAUGGGAUAUCCUCACAGUUGAAAGAGGAGGAGUCGAUGGAGGUGACCUUAAAAAGAAAAGAGGUGUCAACACAGCUGGAAGUGCAUGGAGAGGGUAUACCAUCGCAGGUUUCAGCACAGGUGUCGACACAGUUGAAGGAACAGGAGGUGCAUAAAUCGACGCUGGUGAUCCCAGAUUAG